UUGUUACGAGUCAGAGCGUAAUACCACGACAUAUUUCAGAGUCAUUGUCAUCUUUAGAUCGGUAAAGAAAUCAUGAAGUUCGUUUCGUCAGGAUUUUGCAUUUUUCUCACAGCAUUGACAAUCGCCCAUGGUGAAAAAAUCCUGUCUAAGCGCAACGCGGAUUACGACGCCCAUGAGGAAAUUGAUUGUCAAACGGCGCAACUCGGAAAAACGCAAACCAUCAGAAACAGCAUGUGUCGAGUCCACGAUCGCAUCGUUGAUCUGAAACCCAUACCAGGGUAUCGGUUCGUGCCAUCAAAGGUUUCCGUUAAACGAUGCGACGGCUACUGUAAGACUGGCUUUUCCUGUGAGCCGAUAGAAACAAGGAUGACUGAAGUUUACGUUGAUUUAAAACCUUUGUUCGGCCGCAGGAGGAUGAAGCAGUGCGCUGUCGUGAGGGUCGAAGAACACGUCAGUUGCAGGUGUAUGUGUGAAAAAACGAAGGGGGACUGCAACGAGCGACAAAUGUUUGAUAAGAAGAAUUGCAAAUGUAAGUGCAAGGCAGAAACAGAGAACAAAAUGAAAUGCGAAGAACAAAAAGAAAUGUGGUGGGAUGAAGACGACUGUUUCUGCAAGUGCAUGCUGAAGCCAACGGAAUGUUCAACUGAACAGAAUUGGAGCGAAACUGACUGCACGUGUAUGAAUGAACUACCAAAUCGCGAAUAUGAGCACGAGGACGAAAAAAAGAACAGUACCGAAUGCCAGAAACAAUUAGGAAUGUGGUGGGAUGAAGAUGACGGCUGCAAGUGCAUGAUGUUGCCGAUGAAAUGUACGAUUGGACGUAGAUGGAGCGAAGCUCACUGCAAGUGUGUUCAAUAAUAUAAUCCCAUUCGAAUCUCCCUGCGUUUAUACGGUGUGGCUUUACGUCUCCGCAAGUGGCCGUUGUUUUGCUUGAUAAGCUUCUUCGUGGUUUUGUAAUGAAAAUAAUUUCAAGCAAUAUUGUUAUUUGUUUUUCACAAGUUAAAGAUAUCGUUUUAUCAUGCUCGAGGAAAAACUUGAAUAUAAAACUUUUU